UAUUGAUUGCCGCGGAGCAGUGGUAUGGUCGUCGGGACACUCGGUCGUCCUCGUCGUCGUCGUCGUCGUCGUCGCCGUCGGUGGUGCUCAGCCGAUUAGGUUAAGAGGAGCAGGCGCGCGCGGAUCGCAGAUAGAGAGGAAUAGUCGUCGUCCGCGUCGUCGUCGCGCGUUCUCGCUCGCGUUUCGUCGCGUACGCGAUCGCGAACCGCGUUUACAUUCACACCGUACAUGCAUAAUACUUAUAUAUUAUAAAUAGAGAGAAAUUAAAAUAUAUAUAUGUGUAUACAUAUAUAAAUAUAUACGAGAGAAUAUAAAAGCGCGGAGAGAACGGAAGUAUCUGUCGCGUACUUAUGUAUUUAAAGCGCGCGUAGUGUAACACGCGGUAGUGGUGUCAGUGGAUUGUUUUUCCUCUUGUUUUCUGUUGCUCCAGAUUCUCUUUCUCGGGACUGAGACCGAUACUUGCGAGACAUCAGCGGCGGCGGCGGCAGCAGCUGCCGCCGAACGUGGUGCGAACAAAUCGCGGUGCAAUUUCUCGCCACCAGGACGAAACGUGACGGAAUCGCGGUUGUUCUUACGCUUGGCUACGAGAAAACGAAGCGGAGCGCGUUCGCCAAGGACAAGGACACCGAAUUUGGAUCGGUGGUGCUUGCGUAUCCAACGAAAACAUCGAUACACGUUCGUAUUGGAGUAGAUUAGUGCAGAAUAGCGAAUCCUCGAUCGGACAGUGCGUCGCCAGGACGACAGUGAUCGAGUGGUCUCUGAUAGAAGGCGUUUACGAGCGAGGGAAGAAGCAUUUUCGGAGCAAGUAGAUAGAGACGUAUAUAGGAGGAUCGAAGAAACGAGGGUAAGAGGGACAGAAAGAGAGAGUGUGUGUAUUAAAAAAGAGAUAUAAAAAAGAAGAGUGCGAGUGUGUCUGUGCGCGCGUGUGUGUGAGAGAGAGAAAGAGAGAGAGAGAGAGAGAGGGUGAGAGUACGCGUGAGAGGGAGUAGAGGGAGAGAGACGAAAGCAAUUUUGGGGCGCCAGCGGGUGUGCGUGAUAGGAGAGGAGGAAAAGAGAUAGAAAAAGAGAUCUCGGUGAUUCUCCAGUUAACGCGCGCUGACAAAAUCUCGUGGUUGGCGGCAUCGCGAGGACGCGGAAGCGGGCCGUUGACGGGGUUCUUGUGGCGCGUCGCGCAUCCCCGAAGGCGGCGCGAAAUUAUGAAGCGCAUAAAGUGCGCCCUACUGGCCGUCGCAGCUGCCGCUGAUUGUGAUAGCCGCCGGUGAAUGUGUGACCCGGGGGCAGCAGAGAUCCGCCGGGAUGACGACCGAAGGGACGACCGAGCAGCCCCCGGACGACUGUCUCAAGGAGCGGAAAUGGUGGUGCUUCCUGCUGUCGAGCAUCUUCACCUUCCUUGCCGGGCUGCUGAUCGUGCUCCUCUGGCGUGCGUUCGCCUUCCUCUGCUGUCGCAAGGAGCCCGAGCUAUCUCCAAAUGACCCGAAGCAGAAGGAGGCAAAGACGGCCCGCCAGGGCAAGGAGUUCGAGGGGACUUUUAUGACCGAGGCCAAGGACUGGGCCGGCGAACUGAUUUCUGGACAGACCACCACUGGACGUAUCUUGGUGGUGUUAGUUUUCAUUCUCAGUAUAGCAUCGCUUAUAAUAUACUUCAUCGAUGCCUCCAGCGAAGAGGUGGAGCGUUGCCAGAAGUGGAGCAACAACAUUACUCAGCAGAUAGACUUAGCUUUCAAUAUAUUUUUUAUGGUCUACUUUUUUAUACGCUUUAUCGCCGCCAGUGACAAGCUGUGGUUCAUGCUGGAGAUGUAUUCGUUCGUGGACUACUUUACGAUACCACCGUCCUUUGUGUCGAUAUAUCUCGAUCGGACGUGGAUCGGACUGAGGUUCCUCCGAGCCCUACGACUGAUGACGGUCCCUGACAUCCUCCAGUACCUCAACAUUCUAAAGACAUCGAGUUCUAUUCGUCUCGCCCAACUCGUAUCCAUCUUCAUCUCCGUCUGGUUGACCGCUGCUGGUAUCAUUCAUUUGCUUGAAAAUUCAGGGGACCCUUUCGAGUUCUCGAACCCGCAACAGCUUUCGUACUGGACCUGUGUGUACUUUCUGAUCGUGACGAUGUCCACGGUAGGAUAUGGCGACGUUUACUGCCAGACGGUUCUCGGCCGCACAUUCCUAGUAUUUUUUCUACUCGUCGGUUUGGCAAUUUUUGCUAGUAGCAUACCCGAGAUAAUAGACCUCGUAGGCAGUAGGUCCAAGUACAGCGGCGAAUACAAGCGGGAGCAUGGAAAGAGACAUAUUGUUGUGUGCGGCCACAUCACCUACGAAUCGGUCUCGCAUUUCCUCAAGGAUUUCCUACACGAGGAUCGCGAGGACGUCGACGUAGAAGUUGUCUUCUUGCAUAGGAAACCGCCUGAUCUCGAACUGGAAGGACUAUUCAAGCGGCACUUCACCACCGUGGAGUUCUUUCAGGGAACCAUCAUGAACCCGAUUGAUCUACAGCGGGUUAAGGUACAUGAAGCGGACGCGUGUUUGGUACUGGCGAACAAAUACUGCCAGGAUCCAGACGCGGAAGACGCGGCGAACAUUAUGCGCGUCAUCUCCAUCAAGAACUACUCGGAUGACAUUCGCGUUAUCAUUCAAUUAAUGCAGUAUCACAACAAGGCCUACUUACUAAACAUUCCAUCGUGGGAUUGGAAGCAGGGUGACGAUGUCAUAUGCUUGGCGGAAUUGAAACUAGGUUUCAUCGCGCAAUCCUGCCUGGCGCCUGGUUUCAGCACAAUGAUGGCCAAUCUCUUCGCGAUGCGUUCUUUUAAGACGUCGCCCGAUAUGCAGGCUUGGCAGAAUGACUACCUGCGUGGAACCGGAAUGGAGAUGUACACCGAGACACUGAGCCCUACCUUCAUUGGAAUGCCCUUUGCGAAAGCUACUGAGUUGUGCUUCACAAAACUGAAGCUUUUACUACUGGCCAUCGAGAUAAAGGGCGAAGGAGGCUCCGACAGUAAAAUCUCGAUUAAUCCACGUGGUGCCAAGAUCGCUGCAAAUACUCAGGGAUUCUUCAUUGCUCAAUCUGCUGACGAAGUAAAACGGGCGUGGUUCUAUUGCAAAGCAUGCCACGAUGAAAUUAAAGACGAGACUCUGAUCAAGAAGUGCAAGUGCAAAAAUUUGGGGCAUCAGCAGCGUUCCUGGGGCCGGGACUUAGUGGCCACAUUCCGGAAAGGCGUGCGAGCUGUUCAGAUGGUUGGAAGAGCAAGCGAAGACCUCUUGUACACAAACGACCACCAUCCUCCCCCCACAUUCACUCCGCCAGAACUGCCCAAGAUGGUUCACGUAAGAGGUGAGAUCAGCCGCGAACGAGACGAUCCAAGUGCCAUGAGAAAUCAUCGGAACUCCGUCGGGAUGACUAUGAUGAAUUCGACAAAGCAGGUUAACAAGGUGAAACCGAACGUGAAUCGAGCGACGAAUGACAGUUUGUCCAGCCCGAAUCAGCCGUAUAAUCAGAGAUCGCAAGAGGAGUCCGCAUACGCUGGCUACCAUCUCGCCUACGAAGUCAAAAAGCUCAUGCCAACGAGCAGAGCCUCGGGUGGCACGAACGUCAAUAACAAUGGUGGUCUUCAAGUCGGGAUCGCUGACGAUCAAGCGAAAGAUUUCGAUUUCGAGAAGACCGAGAUGAAAUACGACUCGACGGGGAUGUUCCAUUGGAGUCCCUCUCGCAACCUCGAAGACUGCAUACUGGAUCGUAACCAGGCGGCGAUGACAGUCCUCAAUGGACACGUUGUCGUCUGCCUGUUCGCCGAUCCCGACUCGCCUCUUAUCGGACUGAGAAACCUUGUCAUGCCAUUACGAGCUUCCAAUUUUCAUUACCACGAGCUUAAACACGUAGUGAUAGUCGGAUCGGUGGACUACAUACGCCGCGAGUGGAAAAUGUUGCAGAAUCUACCGAAGAUAUCGGUUCUAAAUGGUUCGCCAUUAAGUAGAGCCGAUUUACGUGCCGUUAACGUGAAUCUAUGUGACAUGUGUUGCAUCCUGUCGGCAAAAGUGCCUAGCAAUGAUGACCCCACCCUCGCCGACAAGGAGGCCAUCCUCGCGUCCCUCAAUAUCAAGGCUAUGACUUUCGACGAUACAAUCGGCGUGCUUAGCCAAGUUGGCAGCCCAAUCGUUUUGCAGCGGCGGGGAUCCGUUUACGGAGCAAAUGUGCCAAUGAUUACAGAACUUGUAAAUGAUAGCAACGUGCAGUUCCUUGACCAGGACGACGACGAUGACCCGGACACGGAACUCUACCUCACACAACCAUUCGCCUGCGGCACUGCCUUCGCAGUCAGUGUAUUGGAUUCUCUCAUGUCGACGACAUACUUCAAUCAAAAUGCGCUGACUCUGAUUCGGUCACUGAUCACCGGUGGAGCUACACCCGAGUUGGAAUUGAUCUUGGCUGAAGGGGCAGGUUUAAGGGGAGGUUACAGUACGGCAGAUAGCCUGUCCAAUAGAGAUCGGUGUCGUGUUGGUCAGAUCGCGUUGUACGACGGGCCAUUGGCUCAGUAUGGCGAGGGAGGCAAGUACGGUGACCUCUUUGUCGCAGCAUUAAAGUCGUACGGAAUGCUGUGCAUUGGUCUGUACAGGUACAGGUUUCGAGACACUAGCUCGUCGUGCGACGCCUCUUCCAAACGAUACGUGAUCACAAAUCCACCCGAUGACUUCACAUUAUUACCCACAGAUCAGGUUUUCGUGCUGAUGCAGUUCGAUCCGGGUCUUGAAUAUAGACCGAGCAGAGGUGCCCGAGGCAAGGACGACUCCUCCUGAUUGUUGCUGUGUAGCGCCCUCACCGACGGACCAUAUUCCUACAUCUAAUCAUGCGUUAGAAAUCAUUGUGCCGCCCGUCGUCCCUGUAACUGUCUCAUCUUCGUCGAGGAACACCAUCGUCGUAUGAUAUCGCGCAUCAUCAAUGAGUUAUUACCGUUCGCAAAAAGCAGUGAAUUGCAGUCGUAUUAAUUUUUUUUUUCCGAUUCAUCGAUAUAUACAAUGACAAUAGGAAUAUUAUUCAAGCUUCUCGAGGAUCGAUCACUUCUCGAGGAUUUCGUUUUACUUUGUUUGCCGUGUAAUGCGAUUGUUUUUAUCGAAUCGUCGAAUAUCUCGGAAAUUGAUGCGCGAUCUGGUGGACAAAGACUCGGGAGCCUAACAAACGAGUAUUAUAUCGAAGUGAGAGGACGAGGAGAAUAGAAUAAAGAGAAUAUGCGAGGGGAAGAGGACGCAAAGGGACAACGGAAAGUGGCAUAAUGCUGUGCGGUCUGAGGGUAGCUACACGUCUCUCUUUCUUUAUUCGAGCUAACAUAAGAAUAAUCGUCUUCGCCCGAAGACGAUGCUGUCAGGACUGAAUGAAACAUUUCGCAAAGCGUAAUCACUGUGUUAUCAAACUCCCAUCGGCCCUCCUCAACCGGGAACGAGGAAAGUGGACGGUGGGGGAGGGAAUGGGGAUAUAGCUUAAAGUUUUAGCACGUGGCUUAGCCUCGAUGGGCGCUGUGGAAUUGCAGUAUCCUGUGCGCGGUGGAAACGAAAGAACACUUGCCGUCGUAGUAUAAUUCAUCUCGGCUCGUGUUAAUGUAUAUAAUACGCAUCUAAAAGAACACCGUUGUUCAACGAGCGAGCUGUGAGAAGGCGACGAGGG